AUGGACGAUCUGAAGCUCUCCUGGGACCUGGCCAAGGUGCGCACCGACCUGCCCCUGGAGGUGGACUUCGCCAAAAGGCGGGAGCCCGACCGGGAGAGGCUUAGGGCCUUUCUGGAGAGGCUUGAGUUUGGCAGCCUCCUCCACGAGUUCGGCCUUCUGGAAAGCCCCAAGGCCCUGGAGGAGGCCCCCUGGCCCCCGCCGGAAGGGGCCUUCGUGGGCUUUGUGCUUUCCCGCAAGGAGCCCAUGUGGGCCGAUCUUCUGGCCCUGGCCGCCGCCAGGGGGGGCCGGGUCCACCGGGCCCCCGAGCCUUAUAAAGCCCUCAGGGACCUGAAGGAGGCGCGGGGGCUUCUCGCCAAAGACCUGAGCGUUCUGGCCCUGAGGGAAGGCCUUGGCCUCCCGCCCGGCGACGACCCCAUGCUCCUCGCCUACCUCCUGGACCCUUCCAACACCACCCCCGAGGGGGUGGCCCGGCGCUACGGCGGGGAGUGGACGGAGGAGGCGGGGGAGCGGGCCGCCCUUUCCGAGAGGCUCUUCGCCAACCUGUGGGGGAGGCUUGAGGGGGAGGAGAGGCUCCUUUGGCUUUACCGGGAGGUGGAGAGGCCCCUUUCCGCUGUCCUGGCCCACAUGGAGGCCACGGGGGUGCGCCUGGACGUGGCCUAUCUCAGGGCCUUGUCCCUGGAGGUGGCCGAGGAGAUCGCCCGCCUCGAGGCCGAGGUCUUCCGCCUGGCCGGCCACCCCUUCAACCUCAACUCCCGGGACCAGCUGGAAAGGGUCCUCUUUGACGAGCUAGGGCUUCCCGCCAUCGGCAAGACGGAGAAGACCGGCAAGCGCUCCACCAGCGCCGCCGUCCUGGAGGCCCUCCGCGAGGCCCACCCCAUCGUGGAGAAGAUCCUGCAGUACCGGGAGCUCACCAAGCUGAAGAGCACCUACAUUGACCCCUUGCCGGACCUCAUCCACCCCAGGACGGGCCGCCUCCACACCCGCUUCAACCAGACGGCCACGGCCACGGGCAGGCUAAGUAGCUCCGAUCCCAACCUCCAGAACAUCCCCGUCCGCACCCCGCUUGGGCAGAGGAUCCGCCGGGCCUUCAUCGCCGAGGAGGGGUGGCUAUUGGUGGCCCUGGACUAUAGCCAGAUAGAGCUCAGG